AUGAGCGCGCAACUCGAGGCAGACCGCAAGGAGUAUGAGAGCCAGCUCGAACUGGUUGCCGUAUCCCUCCGAGAUGACCCCGACAAUGCCGAACUGCAAGGACUCAAGGCUGAGUUGGAGCAGAUGAUCCAACUUCUCGAUGUUUCGCUCGCCGAACUGAAACCUAAGAGCGAGCCUGCAGCGCCGAAGAAGGCGCCAUCACCGCCGCCCGCCGAGCCAAAGUGGUCUCGCGAGAAUCACCCAGCAUUUAAGAAAGCUGCGUCAGCAGAGGAGAAGGAAAGGGAGAAGGAGAAAGAACCCGAAAUCAUUGCAUAUCAGGUUAACGACAGUGUCAUGGCGAAAUGGCUCUCGGGGGACAAGGGUUUCUAUCCAGCGCGUAUCACCGCGGUGACUGGUUCGUCCACGGCGCCCAUUUACACGGUCAAGUUCAAGAGCUAUGAUACUGUCGAGACCCUUCGUGCUAAGGAUAUUCGCCCCGUUGCACAGAAGCGCAAGGCUGAUGGCACCUCUGCUUCAACCAACUCGACCGCCGUUGGCGGUUCGGCCACAGCAUCCACUCCAACGUCUACCGAUACCCCAUCUUCAAUCGCCCCAACUCCAGCCAACAACGGCAUCGUGAUGUCUGCGGCCGCCGAUAUGUACCCACAAGCGCAGGCGGCAAAUAAGGCGGGGGCAGAGGGCGACGAUGAGAAGCCGAAACCGAAGUUCAAAAAAAUCAAGGCCACCAAGGAGCUUGAGAAGGGCAAGAACAAGUGGCAAGAGUUUUCUACGAAAGGGAAGUUUGGCAAGGGAGCGAAAAAGGAGAGCAUGUUUCGCACACCAGAGGGUUUCCAUGGACGAGUCGGCUUCACCGGCUCUGGCCAGACCAUGCGGAAAGAUCCUACCCGCAGCCGCCACGUAUACCAGCCAAAUGAAGAUCUAGAUUAG